CUCGCAGAGUUUGUCUAAUUCCAUCCGCACCGGUUCCUUUCACUCUAUUUUAAACCGGUUCUUACUGUGCUCUGCGAGUUUAUAAAAACAAUCACUGCUCCCUGAUAAAAGCGGCCCUAACCCGCGGAGGAAGCGAGGACCCCCAAAAGCCGCAUCUCCUCCCGGACACUGUAGCUCAGCUGAAAAGUUCGCAGAGGUCACUUUGGUGUCUGGUUCUCCAUUUGAGCAUCCAAAGUGGAGCAGUCAGAGUCUGGACCGGACCCUACAGGCACGGUGAUGAAUGGUGUGAUCAAACAGGACCGCUCGGACCACAAAAGUGCACCAGGUGGAAAUGAGGAAGAGAAGGCACCCAAAGAAAAGGCUGCGGGUGAAGUGAGGGAUGGCACCAAGCUCCAGCCACCCCCCUUUGCAGAGCGGAAGAAUGUUUUGCAGCUACGGCUUCAGCAGAGAAGGACCCGUGAGCAGCUGGCAGACCAAGGCAUCAUGCCACCACUGAAAAGCCCAUCCGCAUUCCAUGAACAGCGAAAAAGUCUGGAGCGAGCCAAGACUGAAGAUUAUCUCAAGCACAAGAUCAGAAGCAGGCCUGAGCGAUCAGACCUGGUCAAUAUGCACAUUUUACAAGACUCAGCUGCAGAGGGGUCCAUUCAGUCCACUCAAAUGAAGCUGAAAAGAGCCCGACUGGCAGAUGAUCUCAAUGAAAAGAUUGCUCUCAGGCCGGGUCCUUUGGAGCUGGUGGAGAAGAAUAUUAUUCCUGUCGACUCAGCUGUGAAAGAGGCCAUAAAAGGCACGCAGGUGAACUUCUCCAAGCCAUCUGAUGCAUUUGCCUUUGAGGAGGACAGCAGCAAUGACGGGCUGUCCCCAGAGCAGGCCAGGAGCGAGGACUCCCAGGGCUCCACAGAGUCAUCAGCAGGCACCAAAUCCUCCGAGCUGCCGCCCUCGGCCCCCUCGGGGCCGUCCCAGGAUCACCCCCGUGGCACUGAGUGCAGCACAGCGGAGCUUGCCUCAGGCCAGAGCGGCCAGUGCAACAGCCCCAAGCAAGCAGUGGGGCAGGACAGCCCACCUCUCCCAGUGCCCUCUGUGGUGAAGUCAAAAUCAUCCAGUGACAGCAAGAACCGUCACAAAAAGCCCAAGGACACCAAGCCAAAGGUGAAGAAGCUGAAAUAUCACCAGUACAUCCCUCCAGACCAGAAGGCAGAGAAGUCCCCUCCACCUAUGGACUCUGCAUAUGCAAGACUCCUCCAGCAGCAGCAGCUCUUUCUGCAGCUCCAGAUCCUCAGCCAGCAGCAACAGCAACAACAGCAGCAACAGCAGCAACAGCAGCAGCACUUCAACUACCCAGGGAUGCACCAAGGCCAGAUAAAGCAAUCAAAUGAGCAAAUGAUCAAAAGUUCAAAUGCUUCAUCAACUUCUGUCAGCAGCACCCCUCUUUCUCCUGUGAAAACCACCUUUUCAGGCCAGACUUGUGUCUCAUCUAUCAAGCCAGGCCCUCUGCCGUCUAACCUGGAUGAUCUGAAAGUGUCAGAACUGAGGCAGCAGCUCCGAAUAAGAGGCCUGCCUGUAUCAGGUACCAAAACAGCACUGAUGGAACGGCUGCGGCCCUUCCAGGAGUGCAGCAGCAAUGCAGUGCCAAAUUUCAGUGAGAUCACAACUGUCACCUUUCCAGUCACUCCAACAAGCACCUUGUCAAAUUACCAGUCGCAGUCUUCCACAGGCAUGUUGUCAAAUGGCUUCUACCACUUCGGCAGCACCAGCUCCACUCCACCCAUCUCUCCAGCCUCCUCCGACCUCUCUGUGAGUGGCUCUCUGCCAGACACAUUCAACGACGGGCCCAUGUCUUCUCCACAGUUUGGUCUUCAGCCAUCUCCGGUUCAUGGUAGUGCUGAGGAAAGCCUGAUGAGCAGCAUGAAUGGAGGGAGCAUCCAGCUGGAGCUGGAAGGGAUUGACACAGAGAAAGACAAGAUGCUGGUGGAGAAGCAGAAGGUCAUCAAUGAGUUGACGUGGAAGCUGCAGCAAGAGCAGAGGCAGGUAGAAGAGCUAAGGAUGCAGCUGCAGAAGCGAAAGAGAAGCAAUGGCCUUGAGGAGAAACAACAGCCCUCCCAGCAUUUCUUCAGUGUCCCCAUCAAGCAAGAAAAUGCAGUGUCCAGCUGCCCGUUUGCAUCCAAACAAACUGCCUUGAAAGGCCAAGCCAGCAGCUCGGAUAAGUUAAGUAACUGUGGGGUGCCGCAGCUGUCUCACAUUGUAAAUAGCCACUGCUUGGAGCCCGUGGGGCAAAGCACCAUCACCUCCUCGACAUUCCUGAGCCCGCAGUGCUCCCCCCAGCACUCUCCACUCGGGGCUGCAAAGAGCCCUCAGCACAUCAGCCUGCCGCCGUCCCCCAACAGCCACUAUCUCCUGGCAGUGUCCCCCGGCUCACAGGCAGAAGGGCGCAGCGCAUCACCCCAGACCAGCAGUUGCCUUCGCACUGCAUCGCAGAUGACUCGAAGUCAGCAGAUGGACGAACUCCUGGACGUGCUGAUUGAGAGCGGAGAAAUGCCAGCCAACGCCAAGGAAGAUCGGUCCUGCCUCCAGAAAGUACCUCAGAUAACAGUGUCUACAGGGAACUCCAGCACUCCGCUCCCAAAGUCGUCUGCUCCAUUUGAACAGGUCUCCACCACCCAGCUCCCAUUUGAGCACUGUCCAGGUGGUGGUGAUGCUCACCUUGAGGUCCUGCUGAAUGCCCACAGCCCGCUGGGGAGAGUUGGUGAAAUCACCCUGCUGAAGAUGGGAGGAGAGGAGUCCCACUUCGAGGGGAUGAUAGAGGGGUUCUCCAGCAAAGCCGCAGAUGAACUGCUCACAUCCCAGGAGAUUUUACAGACUCCCCUCUCGCCCAUGGAAACGCAACUCUCCCCUUCCCCUGCUGAUGGCUCCGGUUUACAAAUGAGUUUCACCGAAUCUCCAUGGGAAACGAUGGAGUGGCUGGACCUCACCCCCCCCAGCUCCGCCACUGGCUUCAGCUCACUCACUCCCGCAGGCCCCAGCAUCUUCAACAUUGAUUUCCUGGAUGUUACUGAUCUCAAUUUAAACACCAGCAUGGACCUCCACCUGCAGCAAUGGUGAAUAGGAGGGCAGUGGAGGCAGAAUACUGUGCGCCCACAGCAGCCAGCACAGUGUUUCCACCAUGCUGGAGAACACGUAGGGCUAACACGCCACAUUCAGGGGAAACUGGAGCCAUUUUCCCAGCGAAUAAACUUGUUUGAAUUUUCAGUUACUGCAAACUGACAGCACAACAGCUCUGGUACUUCGUUUUCCUUCCACUGGCACAUCUUCACAAAGGAUACCAAGUGCCUUUAUCAACACUCCUUUAGAUUGACAGUUGUCUGUAAUUUUGUUUUUGUUCUUUUUAUCUUUCUCCUCCCAGUUUUAGCAGACACUCCCGUGAGAACUGGAGCAGCUCACGACAAAACCACGUGGUGAGGCGAGCUCACUCGAGAAGCAACAGGGAAGCAAGCACACAGAAGUUGCUGUCCUGCUCCCUCCUGCCAUUUCGCAGGGCUCCCCUCAGCCUUGCCCAGGUCAGGAGGGCUGGGAGCAGAGAGGCAUGAGGGCUCUGCCCAGCCAGGGCAGUGAGCCCCCUGUGUACAGCCAGACUCACCUUGUGCCCUUCCUCCUGCCCCCAAAGCCCCGGAGCUGUGCCGCCUCAGUCCCUGCACAACUGUAUGAGCAAGCGAGAGAUGGAGCCUACUGUGUUCAUGGUGGUGCCUUGGGAUGUUCUCAGACUGUCUGGGGGGCCGAAAGCCGAAGAGCUGUCCCAGCUACAGUCUGAGCUGAGUCAGGCUGCAGUCCGAGUCCUUGGAGCAGAGGUGUGGAUGCUGGAGGCAGCCAUUCAGGCCGCAGGUGCAGGUGUUGAAGGGAUGUGGCAUUCCGGUGGAGCUGGCAUGGCUCAGCUCAUGUGGUACAGAUAAAGAGAUGGGUAAUGUGUUGUGGUCCAAGGUAGGAGCAGGUCAUGUGGACAAUACAGCACAGCUUUGGAGGGGCUGUCCCUGCAGAGCCGCAGUGUGGGGUAGCUUUUCACCACCCAGCAGGGCCAUCAGGAGCAGCCCCCCUCCUGCACAUGGGGCAGGGCUGAGCAGGCCCUCACAGGGCUGUGAUUUUGUGUGAGCAUCUGCUUUUGCUUUCUCCGCUCUCUGCCAUCCAGAAGGCUUCCUUCUUCCCUUCUUCCUUGAUCCUCAGCAGCGAUUUUCUUCUCUCCUGAGUUUACUCCGGCAUCACCCAGCUCAGAGCAAGGCUGUCUGGAGAACAGCUGUGAAUCACUGAGCCUAGAGGAGCUCGUUCUUCUGAAGCCAGCGGAGAUGGAUGCUCUCCUGCAGUGAUGCCUCCAGUUUGAAGUCACCAGCAUUUCUCCUGCGAGUCUCUGUGCAAUAUCCUUCCUCAGGCUCCAGCGAGAAGGAGCCUUCGCUUCACUUCUUGGCAGCCACCAAAGAACUUGCUGCAGACUCUUUGACGGACACGUCGGCUUUGCAAUUCUGGUUUUGCCAAAGUAAAUAUUGUUGCUGACAGAGAUUGUUAAACUAUUUACAGACUGAGUGUAUUUAAUAUUUGUGUUACUGGAAGGACAGCGCAUCGGUGACGCGGCGCUGUGAGGUGCACUGUGGGCUCACCAUGCAGCCCCGCAGCCCCUGCGUCCCUGGCUCGUGGCGAUGUUGCAUGCUGUAUAAAGAACACGGCGGUAGCUUUUAAGUCACUAUUUAAAGCAUCACUUUUCUAUUGUACAAAUGGUCACGGUGCACUGCUAGAUAGACAAUCACAGGUUGCGUUGGUUUUUUUUUUUUUAAUUCCUUUUUAUAAGGGAGAAAUUUUUAGAAGCCGUUCCAUGGAGAAUAUUAAUAGCACUUGAAUCAGAGUAGUGUUAGCUGCUACACUGCACCGUUGUACAGGGCUUUCCAGGUAACUUUCUCCUCUCAACAAAUGUAUUUCCUUAUUUAAAGGGAUGCUGUCAGCUUCGAACUUGUAAACAAGCACAUUUCCUUACCUAUGUUACCAGCAACACCUUCAUUAUUAAAAACCCCUUUGCCUUGCC